AUGAGCUUGUUUGCAGAGUUGGUGGAGGAAGGGGAGGAUGCAGAAGGGCUGGUGCACGCCGAGGAUUUGGGACAUGAGGUGACCCUCCAGGAUCUAGAAGAGGCUUUAGCAGAGCUCGCAGCACAAAACGAGCAGCUGGAAGUGGACUGCCGCGGUCUGGAGGCCCACUGUCGCGACUUGGAGCGUGCCGGUUGGCCAGUGCCUUGCAAGUUGGCCGACGUCAUCCGAGCAUCAGAGGAAGAGCCGGCGCAGGCAGCGCAGGGCGAGGCUGAAGCUGAAGCGGCAGCUGUCUCCGAGCACAUGUCGAUUGUGUUGGCGGCAGAGGCCGCUUUGAAGGCCUCGGAAGCUGGUGGAAGUGCAGUACAGGCAGCAGAACUUGGAAAAGCUUUGGCAAGCGCAUCUUCUGGAAUGGAGCCGGGAAGAUUCCACGAGCUAGCAUUGCCGGUAAUCAGUCGUGCGAUUUCGGCCGUGUUUUGUCAUGACGGAGAUGCGCCGUCGGCAGCACGAGCUGCAGCCAAUGCCGCCGCGACGGCUGGUCUGCAAGCCGAUGCUGCCGCAGCAGCCGGAUUUGUUGCUGCAGGGAUGGUUGCCGGAAAGCACGGGCUGCGAAAUGGAAGGGACGUGAAGCACGCAGCCGAGCUUGGCUGGAAGACUGCCAUGGAGCUUGCCCAAGCUGGAGGCCUUUCCAACGAUGCGGCUACACAAGUUGCGGCGCAGGCGGCAAGCGAGAUCGCUUCAGAUGCAUCCCGCAGCGUUGGCAAGCUCUGUGAGCGGGUGGUCGAAGAUGCCGCAGAAGCUGCGAAGCGAGCAGCGAAGGCUUCGCCGAGUUUGUCCACGCGCCUCGGUGUGGAGGCCGCUGGCCGAGCAGCCGUGAGCACGGUUGCAUUGCAGGCACCUGCUCUGGAUGCCUUGCAGAUUGCAAAGCAUGUCAGCGGUGCGAUCGCCGCAAUUGCUCGCGAGGCGAUCCCUGGUGCAGAGGAAGAGGUGGUCAAAGAGGUUCACCGAGCGACUAGCCGUGUCAUGGAAGAGGCAAUGAGUGUGGUGAUCGCCAAGGCAUCGCAGAGCAAAGAGGCCGUUCAGUCGCGGACGAACUUGCAGAAGGAACAGCAGAAUGAUCAAGAGGACAGGGUGAAGGAGUUGAUGAAGGCGCGUGAGAAGUCUUUUGCAGCUAUGGCCGACAUGCAGGAGCGUUGUGCGUGCCAGCAGACUGAGAUGGAGCGCUUGGUACGAGAGCGAGCCGGCGAUCAGGAGGAGCUACUGAAGCUGCGUCAGCAGCUCCGCAACCUGGAGCAGCAGCUGCAGGAAGCCGAAGCGCGGGAGCAGCUGCGCGAAGGCGACCACAUGGACAGUCUGAGUGCCACGACUGGAGACGACACCUCGUCUUUGGCCGACAGCUUGGCGGGGAGCGUGCGCAGAAUGCGAAAGAAGCGGAAUGCUCGUGCAGGACAUAAUUUUCGACAGGCAAAGUGCUUGGACGAAGGGGUAGACGUAACUACAACCGAGGGGGAUGCUGAUCCGGAAGAAAGGCUGAUCCGGAUUCUGGUUGCCAAGUCGCACGCAUCGCCGCGCUGGCGUGACUUGCUCCUCUUUAUACUCGAGAAAGCGGGCCACGCGAGCUCAGCACCGUCCACAACGGAAGCGGAAGUAAAGAAGGAGCUGCAGCUUUUGGCCUAUCAGGUCAAGGAGAAGCUAGGUUCGCUCGAGGGAGCAACGCCGUCACAAGAGGGCAUGCUGGAGACUAUGCUGAAGACAGUCGGGAAGGUCACUGAUCAGGCUGUGGACUCCGCCGUUUUGUACGUGACGCAAGAUGCGCCGGUACCAGAGGCGUCAUCCCGCGAUCCAGAGGUGGUCGUCAAGGAGGCUUUUGCACCCGAGCGCGUGGAUCCAGCGCAGGCCGGUGCCGACGCGUUCAAGCAGAAUGCUCGGCUUCGGCUGGCAGCGCGCCGGAACCGUCAAAGGGGCAGCGUGUUGAGUGUUGCUGCUUCCGUCUCCUCCAAGCCAGGCUGA